AUGGCUUUCUGUCCACUGCAAAUGGUGGCUUGGCUGCUUGGGAGUAUUGGCAUGAUUGGAACAGUUGUUGUCACUCUGAUGCCUCAAUGGAAAGUAUCAGCCUUUACAGGAAACAACAUUAUAGUCUUUGAGACUAUUUGGGAAGGCUUAUGGAUGGUAUGUGUCAGCCAUAUCAAGAAUUAUCAGUGUGAAUUCUAUAAAUCUAUACUGGCCCUUCCACCUAUCCUAGACGCUGCCAGAGGAUUAAUGUGCACGGCUUGUGCACUGUCAGUUAUUGCCUGUCUGACUGCUUUUGCUGGCAUGAAAUGCAUUGGAAGUUCAGGCAGUAAUGAACAAAUCAAAAGGAACAUUUUAUUCACAGCUGGAGUAAUUUUUCUUCUGACAGGGGCUUUAGUGCUGAUUCCUGUUUCCUGGAUUGCCAAUGAUAUCAUCGAGGAUUUUUACAAUCCAGAAAUCCAAGCUGCUCGGAAACGUGAAUUGGGAGCUGCCCUCUAUUUAGGCUGGAUCUCAGCAGCGUUUCUAAUCUUUGGAGGAGUCAUGUUUUGUGGUCUCUGCUGCUGUUCUGAGGAACCUGAAAGACAUGAACAUUCAGCACCAUGCAGCCAAAUCAAGUCUGUGACCAUGCGUUCCUAUGUAUGA